AUCGCAAUGGCGCGGGAGGGCGGCAGAGAGUAGGAGGAGGCGAUCGUUCGCUCGGCGCUCGACUGCCCGCACUGCCGGGGCGCGAGGGCGAGGCCCGGCGGCGGCGCUCGAUUGGCCGGCGCGCCCGCGGAAGAUGGCGGCCCUGGGAGCCCCGCUGCGCACCCUGCGCGCGCUGCUGCGCGAGCUGCGCCACGCCGCCGGCCGCUCCUAUCGCGACAGCCCCGCCUAUCGGCACGUGCUCGCCGCCUUCCGCGCGCACCGGGUGACCAGCGAGAAGCUGUGCCGGGCCCAGCAGGAGCUGCACUUCCAGGCCGCCACCUACCUGUGCCUGCUGCGCAGCGUGCGCGAGCACGAGGCCCUGCACCGCGAGUUCCACGGCAAGGGCGAGCGCUCGCCCCAGGAGGUCGCCGGGCUGGUGGGCUUCAGACUGCCGCAGCAGCCGGGAGGGAAGGGCUGAGACAGCGUGCGCUCAGCGGGACCGCUGCGCUCAACGUUCAUUCCUCGAUAGAUAAAUAAAUAAAUAAAUAAAUAUCCUAGA